AUUAACUAUUUUUUUAUGUAUUUACAUUUACUGACAAGAAUAAAAUGGCGGCAAGUACCUUCGAAUUAAUUAUCAGAUAACAACCGGUUUAUCUUCAACUGGGUUGUCUUCGAAUUUUUCUUCUAAUUUGCUUAUAAUCAAAUUCUUAAUAAUUGUAGUAAUUACGUCCCUAUAAAGAAGAUUGGAAUUAUUUAUUAAUUCAUUAUAUUCUUUAAUGAUAAAGAAUCACGUCGUACGAAUCGUUAAAUCACGUCACGCCUUCAUUUGCAUUGUAAUUUGACAAGCUUAGUAAAAGAAUUAAACACCUGAUAAUAGUUAUCUUCAAAGUACGUUUUGGUCUGAUAGCGAAGACUAGAGAUACCUGCGCAAACGUGAACGUCCAAAUGCAAACAAUUGUGAUCAAUAACUUAUCAUAAACUUGCUACCUUUUAAAAACGUGCAAUGGGUGAUUACAAAAAUCUCAUUCACAAAAGUAAACUUCAAGAUGAUAAAACUGAAGAAAAAUUACUCCAACCUUACACUUACUUGCUCCAAGUUCCUGGGAAGCAAAUUAGGGCCAAAUUAACUCAUGCAUUUAAUUAUUGGUUGGAUAUUCCAAAUGACAAAUUACACAGCGUGGGUGAAAUAAUACAAAUGUUGCAUAAUUCAAGUCUUCUUAUUGAUGAUAUCCAAGAUAAUUCGAUAUUGAGAAGAGGAAUCCCAGUGGCUCAUUCAAUCUUUGGAAUCGCAAGCACUAUAAAUGCUGCAAAUCAUGUGUUUUUUCUCGCUCUAGAGAAAGUUUUGGCUCUGGGUCACCCUGAGGCGACUGCAGUUUUCACAGAACAAAUUCUGGAGCUUCAUAGAGGUCAAGGGAUGGAAAUUUAUUGGAGAGAUAAUUUUACUUGCCCAACUGAAGAGGAAUAUAAAAUAAUGACAAUGAAGAAAACUGGAGGUUUAUUCAUGCUUGCUGUCAGGCUGAUGCAACUAUUCAGUAGCAACAAAUCUGAUUUUUCUUUUCUUAGCGGUAUUCUUGGUCUUUAUUUCCAAAUUAGAGAUGAUUAUUGUAACCUCUGUGAUGUUGAGUAUGCUGACAAUAAAAGUUUCUGUGAAGAUUUGACUGAAGGAAAAUUUGGUUUUCCUAUAAUGCAUGCUAUUCUAUCCCGACCAGAUGACAAGAAGGUGUUCAACAUACUUCGACAGAGACCUAAGGCAGUUGAAGUGAAACGUUACUGCAUCUCUCUUUUGGAAGAAUUUGGAUCUUUUGAUUACACACGUAAAGUUCUUGAUGAUUUAGAAAAAGAAGCGAGAAAUGAAGUAGCAAGGUUAGGUGGAAACCCACGUAUGGAUUCAUUGCUCGAUGAAAUCGUAAUAAGAUAUUGUUAUCACAUUUUGCUAUGGUUUGAAGAAAAGUUGAACAGCAUUGGCAGAAGUUUAUCUUGCUUCGCUUUCCUCAAUCUCACAUAUUGUCCCAGUCUCCCCUAGACAGUUUCUCUCCAUGGAGUCAUAAGCUGCUUCAAAAACAGACAAAUAAGGCUUGCACAUCCUGAGCUUCUUCCUAUCAUUUUUCAAACACAUGUUAUGCAUCCACCACUCCUGUCUACAUCCUGCUUGGUUGUUGCCUUGCCAUAUGGCAACACAGAAGGAUUACUCUGCCUCU